AUGGACAUAGACGACCGACCUCACAAGAAGAGACGCUUCUUCGCCGACGACUCUAUCACCGACGAACCCAGUCUGCACAAAGAGACGACUUUGCCAGAUGAAGUAGAUGCUUUGCCAGAAACAUCAUCCCGCUCAGAUACCACUGCCAACAAGGAGAAUGCCUUCGAUGCCGAGACUUUCACUGGAAUCGUAGGAGGCGAUGUAUCGGAAGCCACAGUUCGCACACUUCAGAGCAUACACGGGAACAAUCUCGAGGCGGCCAUCAACGCAUACUUCGACGGAUCAUGGAAGACAGCAGUAGCACCACGACCAUCGACAGCAAAGCAGCAACAGUUGGGAAUGCGAAGAGAGUCGUCACAAGCCAGUAAGAAUGGAACACCGAGCAGAGCGUUGUCAAGCUCGCCACCGCAACGAGCAGCAUUGGACAGCAUGCCCAAGAUGAGAUACAUUGGUGCUUUGGGUGUGGCGGGCUGGAUGACGCGGAGCGGGACCGGUUUUCUCAAACCAGAUGACAAUGUCAAGAUACAGCGGGUCAGACAACAGCUCGGGCAGAACUCUUCUCGUGGUGGAAAAGGAAGGCAGGCUACGAGGAGGACUCAAGAUGUGGUCGUUCGGUUCACAAGCCAAGAUGGGACGGAGCUUGGUCGCUUGGAGAAAGAUUCGGCGAUGUGGGUGGGUGCGCUGAUUGAUCAAGGGGUAUGUCACUUUGAAGGACACUGCAUCUUUGCUCCAGAGAGGAUCAGAACGAACGACACAGUAUACUUGCAACUGCGGUGUUAUAUACUGCGGCCGGUCUUUGAAGCCGGCAACUUCAUCAAGCCGAACGACAACAAUCGACAGACUGGGAUAUUCGAAGCUAAAGAGACGAACGAGGAGAGAGAUUUGAGACUUCGCCAGAUAGGACUGGUGAAGCUGUUCUCGGAGAUCAAUCUGCAGCCAUCGACUACAAGCGAGAUGGCAGCGAAACACAAGCGGGAGGGUAUCCUGCAAGCCGCAGAGAUCGCUGAGCAGUACGACGCGCAAGACAGGAAAGGCAAAGACAAAGAUGAAGCUGCUGGAUCGAGUCCGCCUUCAGCGGAAGAAGCCGAAGAGGGAGCAGAGCUCGAGCAAGACCAGCUUGAUACGCUAUACAAAAAGGCGCAAUCAUUCGACUUCAACACGCCAACAGCCGAGCCGGCAUCGACGUUUACACUGGAUUUGCGUAAGUACCAAAAGCAGGCUCUACACUGGAUGCUCAACAAGGAGACUCGCGAGAAGAGCGAGAAACAGCAGAGCAUGCAUCCUCUGUGGGAAGAAUACGCAUGGCCCAAGAAAGACGCAGAAGACAAAGACUUGCCCCCCGUGGAAGGCCAAGACUGCUUCUAUGUCAAUCCGUACAGCGGCGAGAUGAGCCUUGACUUCCCAGUGCAGGAACAGACAUGCCUGGGAGGAGUGUUGGCGGAUGAGAUGGGGCUGGGUAAGACGAUCGAGAUGCUCUCUUUGAUACAUUCGCACAAGUCGCCCGAGCAUCUUGAGGUCCUUGACGAUACGGACGUCAAGAUCGAUGCCGUCAGCAGUCUUGCGAGGGAGUCGAUGGCAUCCAGCACAGUGAGGAAAGCUCCCGCGACAACACUGGUAGUCGCGCCAAUGUCAUUGCUCGCUCAGUGGGCCAGCGAAGCAGAGAAGGCAUCAAAGGCGGGCACGCUCAAGGUUCUGGUGUACUACGGCACCGAGAAGGGUGCAAACUUGCAGACCAUCUGCUGUGGCUCGAACGUCAGCUCUGCUCCGAAUGUGAUCAUCACCAGCUACGGCGUGGUGCUGUCCGAAUUCAAUUCCGUGGCGAACUCUCUCGGAGGCAAUCGAGCUGCCUCCGGUGGCUUGUUCGGCGUGGAGUACUGGCGUGUCAUCCUCGAUGAAGCACACAUGAUCAAGAAUCGACAAUCGAAGACUGCAAAGGCUUGCUACGAGAUUGCUGCUACUCAUCGCUGGGUUCUCACCGGAACGCCAAUUGUCAACAGACUUGAAGACCUCUUCAGUCUUGUUCGCUUCCUGCGUGUCGAACCUUGGAACAACUUCAGUUUCUGGAAGACGUUCAUCACAGCGCCGUUCGAGAAGGGUGACUUCAUGCGCGCGUUGGAUGUCGUGCAGACGGUGCUCGAACCGAUCGUGCUGCGACGGACGAAGGACAUGAAGACCCCUGACGGCGAGGCACUUGUUCCGCUUCCGCCAAAGACUGUAAUAGUUGAGAAGGUCGUUCUAUCCCAGCCCGAGCGGGACGUCUACUCGCACAUCUUCACUAGAGCGAAGCGGACUUUCAAUGCCAAUGUCGAAGCUGGCACGCUGAUGAAGAGCUACACGACUAUCUUUGCACAAAUUUUGCGUCUGAGACAAAGCUGUUGCCACCCAAUUCUCACCCGCAGCAAAGCCAUUGUGGCGGAUGAAGAAGAUGCUGCAGCGGCCGCAGACAUUGCCAAUGGCCUUGCCGACGACAUGGACUUGGCCUCUCUCAUCGAGCGCUUCGAAGCGGAUGAGGCAGACCAAGACGCCAGCAAGUUUGGCGCCCACGUCCUCAAGCAAAUCCAAGACGAGUCAGAGAUGGAAUGCCCCAUUUGCAGCGAGGAGCCCAUGGAAGAACAAGCAGUCACAGGAUGCUGGCAUUCAGCCUGCAAGAAGUGCCUGCUCGACUACAUUGAGCAUCAAACCGCGAAGAACGAAGUUCCUCGCUGCUUCAACUGCCGCGAACCGAUCAGUGUGCGAGAUGUCUUCGAGGUCAUCAAGCACGACGAUGACACUGAUGACGAUGACAGCACACAACCCAAGUUAUCUUCGAAAGCCAAGCCCCGCAUCUCCCUCCGCCGCGUCAAUCAGCUCUCCUCUGCCAAGAUCUCCACUCUCCUAAGUCAACUCCGCCGCCUCAAAAAGUCCGACCCACUUUCCAAGUCCGUCGUCUUCUCGCAAUUCACCUCUUUCCUCGACCUUCUUGGUCCCGCUCUCUCCCAACAUAACAUCUCCUACCUCCGCUUCGACGGCAGCAUGUCACAAAAAGAGCGCGCAAAAGUGCUCAUCGAAUUCGCAGCGCGCCCGAAGUUCACGGUGCUGUUGUUGAGUCUGAGAGCUGGCGGCGUGGGAUUGAACCUGACGUGUGCGAAGAGAGUGUACAUGAUGGAUCCAUGGUGGAGUUUUGCCGUCGAGGCGCAGGCGAUUGAUCGUGUGCAUCGCAUGGGCCAGACGGAGGCGGUGGAUGUGGUGAGGUUUGUGGUGGAGGGCAGCAUCGAGGAGAAGAUGUUGAGGGUGCAGGAGAGGAAGAAGUUCUUGGCAAGUUCGUUGGGCAUGAUGAGCGAAGACGAGAAGAAGAUGCAGCGCAUUGAGGAUAUUCGGGAGUUGCUGAGUUGA